AUGGCCGCGGAGCCCAUGGAGGACGACGCGCCCACGUCCUCCCCGACGGCGCCCCCUUCCGCGUCCCGGGGUUCCCGGAGAGCCUCGCCGCCGUGUUGCCAUGGCUGCGCGCGGUUGAUGCGCCGCUGCUGCGCCGAGCCGGGCUGCACGCGAGCUGCUCGCAGCCGCAUCCAGACCCCGUCGAACGCCGACGGCCCCGCUCUCAGCCGCCUCUUGCCAGGCGACGCCGACGCCGACGGCACCGUGGUGGCCAGGGACAGGUCGAGCGGAAGGCAUCCUCCUUCUCCAGCCAUGGUGGAACGACGCAGCAUCGUGCGAGGAGGCGCGCCUGGCGAUUUGGGUAACCUAGCUUUCUCGUGGAGUGCUGGAACUCAAACCUCAAUUCUGAUCCGUAUGUCCGGCAAUGGCCGGAGAGGGCGUAGGCUCACCCUCGCCCCGGUGGCAUGUCGAGCGCUACGUCCGUCGGCUCAGUCCAUGGAGGACGAUGACUCCGAUCUGGACGAGGAGGAUGGCCAUGGGGAGCCGCCGUUGGCCGACGUCACCGGUAAAUGCGUCGUACCACCUACAACCGAUGAUGAACCGUUUACACCUGAGUUCAUCAAAGAGGCUCUGGAGGCGGGGUUGUAUGUGAAGGAAAAUCAAUGGCGGCGCCAGGAGCGAGUUCUGGUGGCGAUCUCGGUGGGCGUGGAGGUGGCAGGGGUGCGGCCUUCAACCCCGGUUUUCAACCGGGUUUCGACCCAGGGUUUGCCGGGCGAGGUCGCGGCCACGAUCAGUUUCACCCUCGUGGACGAGGACGAGGCUAUGGAGGGCAAGCCGGCUAUGGCUACAACUACUCACGGGCACCCCGCUACUUGGUCUUUGGGCGUGGUGGUCGGCCUCAAGGCGGAGAAUUUACAAGCUACUGCUAUACCAUGUGGAUAUGCUGUAGAAGGUAUGGGCUUCUAUUUUAUACCUGUCAUUGAAAAUCCAAAAUUACCUUCAGAUGACAAGUCCGCCGUGGGCCCAAUGGACACAAAGACAGUGAAAGGAAAGAUUCGGUUCGAGAAAGGGGCUGAAAAUGAUGUCUUUAAGCAUGAGAUUGACAAGAAGAAUGGAAGAGCCAGAUUGAAAGUGGCAGUGUUUAAUCUUGACCUCAUCCCUGACCUUGUGGAUGUUGUCAUUGGGGAUUUUGUUUAUGAGCUACAAUUCAGAGUUGAAAAAGAUAUGCCUGAUGGUGAGUCCCAGGUCAUUGACAUGGACUCUACCAUGGUUGAGGACAAAGCCCCAGAAGAAAAGGAACCGGAGAAUAUGGAUCAUGAUGCUAACAAAACAGCAGAUGAUCCAGCUGGUAAAGCACCUGGUAAACAGACCAAUGCUUCAGUUGCACCAAAUGGGCAGCACAAGUCCAAGGCUGUGACAGGAGCAUCCACUGAGAGCAUGGUCAUGGCAGCUAAGCUUGCAGGAGCAGCUGGAGUCCAGCAGGAUUUGGCGGCUACUGUAGGUGCAAUACUCCAGCAUUCAAACUUGGAAGUUACAGAAUCCGCUUCAGUGGGAGAGAAGAGUACAUACAAGCCUGUAGUACCGCUCUCUCCGUGUGGGAUGAUUCUAGAUGGUUCGGCACAGUGGAAAGCUAGUUUGUUGCAGUCUAAAACUUUGAACGGUGGGGCAGUGUCACCAGUGAGAGCUCGUAAGAGAAAUGUGUCUACUUUGGACCAAGACUCUUUGGAGAGACGAUGA